AUACGAUUUGGAAAGCAAAUUUCAUUAAAAAAAACAGAAAUUGAUGAAAAUUGUCAUUGACUUGAAAUGAAUAAAAUUACUGAUAGGGACUACGACUACUAUGACUUUGAAGAUGACAGUGAUCACGAGCCUUGCGAUAGUUCUGAUGAUGAUAUAGAGGUUAUUUUACAUGGAACACCUGAACAGAAGCGUAAAUUACAGACAAAAGUCCAACAGAGACAUGAUUCUUCAAGUGAAGAUGACUUUGAAAAGGAAAUGAAUAAUGAACUAAACAAACAUAUUAAAGGACUGGAAAAUGAGAGAUCAAGAAGUAAUGUUGCAGAAUCUGUUCAAGAUAGUAACAAAGCACAAGACCAAGAGAAACCUACAGAACAACAACAAUUUUAUGAUGAUAUUUAUUAUGAUUCAGAAGAAGAAGAAAUGGUUUUACAAGGUGAUGAACGUGUGAAAAGAAGACAACCGGUUCAAAGCAAUGAUGACUUAUUGUACGACCCUGACCUUGACGACGAAGACCAGCAAUGGGUGGAUGCUGAAAGACAAGCUUAUCAGCUGCCUGUACCCUCAGGAUCUAAAUCAAAACGUUUAAACAGUGAUGCAGUUUUAAACUGUCCAGCCUGUAUGACAUUACUGUGUCUUGAUUGUCAGGGGCAUGAUGUUUAUGAAAACCAAUACAGAGCUAUGUUUGUAAAGAACUGUCGAGUAGAUACAACAGAGGUAUUAAAACAGCCGUUACAGAAGAAAAAGAAAAAACUUACCAAAAAACAAAAGACAUUGGACACUACAAAUAAUGAAACAGAGGACAAUUUUCAUCCUGUUAAAUGUACAGAAUGUUCCACGGUUGUUGGAGUCUUUGACAAUGAUGAAGUCUAUCAUUUCUUUAAUGUACUGGCUAGUCAUACAUGAAAUUCUAUAUUUUACAGAAUUUUAGUGCAUUCUAUACAAUGUAUAAUCAUUUUCAUGAGUCUCCAUCAGAACUUUGUACAUUGGCGAAUGAGGUCCUUAUUUUAGUGCAUUCUAUACGAUGUAUAAACAUUUUCAUGAGUCUUCACCAGAACUUUGUACAUUGAUGAAUGGGGUCAUUAUCAAUGAAUAUAGCUAUAACAUCAUUUUGUUGUUUGGUUUUCUGACAGUGUAUAUGAAACCAUAAUCCUUAAACACUUUAACCAACAUAAAAAAAAUAAAAGCUACAUGUAUUCAAAGAAAGUAUACUAGUACCAAGAAGAUAAAUUCUAAGGCAUUUAAGAUCUGUUUAUCCACAACAAUACAUAUCAUGUUCAGAAUCAUAAACUGUAUUUAUUCAGGAGUGAUUGCCUGUCCAUGUUGAUUCAUGUGCUGAUAAAGAUUCAUAAAGACUGUUAUAAAAGAUGUAAAGUCAUAUGAUCCUUCAACUUAUAUGAAAAUAAUUUGAAUAUGUUUUUUAUACUUGAAUGGCUAAGGUUUUCAAUAAAACACAUGUACACAGACUUUCCUUGAAUAGAAAUCAUUUAUUUAUUGAAAUAUUUAAAAAUUGACCAACAACAUUUCAUCAUGCAGUGACCUCAAUUCAGACACCUCUAGCUAAAAAAAUGGCAAUUGCAUAGAACAAUUGUGAAUGGAAGAAAUGUAGAAGAAA